UUCGCCUUAAAGAAGACAAUUCAUGUCAACGAGUUUUAACUGAGAGCGGGGGCUACACGGUUUUGAUCAUUUGGUGGCAAGACAGCGCGGGCUAUUAGAACGCCUCUUCAACCGUUAAAAUGAGCCCUACGGUUGUCUUCUAAUUUCCAAAGAGCCAAUCGUUUCAUUUGUUCCCUUUCCCCAUCGGCAUUGACUGCGCAUGGGCGGCAAUUAUCCGUGCUUCUGUCACGAAACAGACGCUAGUGCUCCAGAGGCGCCCAAACAGCCAUGGCUGAAGAAAGUAACAGUGAACACACGCCUCCUGCGUUUACCUUCGACGACGAAGCAAUGCCGAGCACAAGCCAGGAAUUCUUCGAGGACGCUUUAUGGACUUCCGACUGUAGCACUACGAUUUGCGAUGACUCCUUCGAAGACCUGUGGAACGCGAUGAGCAGCCACAACGAUGCCACUGACGUCACUGGCCAUAUACAUGGCACUGAAAGUGGAAUCGCCAGUGCCCAACCUGCGGAGUUCAGUAGCAGCGUUGAUCAUGCACAGCCCAGUAUAAGCCGCGCUGGCAUGUAGGAAGCAUCGCCCAUUCUGGAAAACAUUGCUAGCAAUUCUGACGAUGCUUGGCGUUACCGAUGCAGCACUCAGCAGAGAUCAAUAAACGACGGGACUUACAACGUCGACGGCGUCACUGACAAUGGUAACAGUAGUUACCUGCAGCGGGGGUCCAGCACCCGCAUUGAUCACGCUAUGCCAAGCACAAGCCGCACAGGCAUGGAGCAAGCACCUGCCAUUGCAGAAGGCGGCGCCAGAAUUCCUGAGACAACCCGUGUUGACCAAUGGAACAUGCAGUACCACCUGGCUGAUAGCACAUCCACCGACUGCGGUAGGGUAUACCGGCCACACAGAAACUAGAAGCACUGGCUUCACACAUCCGGUCUGCAGCAGCAGCCCAGUGGCCAGUACAAGCUACGCGCGCAUGCAGGAACCAUCGGGCAUUUUUGGGAACGACGCUUGGAAUGCUACUGCAACAGGAGCGAGGGAACAGCAAGAGUUGCCCGGUGCAUUUUCCAAUGUUUCCAGCAGACAGGAUGCCUUACACGGGCACGCCAAGGAACACGCGGGCGAUUCAGCCUACACUUGCAAAGCAAGUGAUUCUGUGAAUAAUUCAGUGAAACACACCCGGAAUACAACAGGCAAAAAUCACAAAUGCGCAACGUGCGGCAAAAUGUUUCGCCGGGCUGCUAAUCUUGCCAUACAUCACCGCACGCACACAAACGAGAAGCCCUACAAAUGCGAAAUAUGCGAAAAAUCUUUUCGGCGAUCUGAUCACCGAGAUAACCACAAACGCACACAUACAGGCGAGAGACCGUACACUUGCAAAACAUGUGGUAAAUCAUUCGCGCACUCGUCGAAUCUCCAUAGACACAACUACACUCACACAGACGAGAAACACCAUGUCUGUCAGAAGUGUGCUAAACCAUUCAAAACCAAAGAUAGCCUCCAACAUCAUCACAGCUUGCGUUGUGGGGACAGAGCUUUCGUUUGCGAAAUAUGUACUGCAUCCUUCAAGAACAACUCGGCUCUCGAUCGUCACCGUCGAAGCCACAUGGAUGAAACCCCGCAUUAGUGUACACAGAGCGCAUUUGCUCUCGCAGAGAAAGCCGUUGAUGGACGGCUGUACCAGAAUAUUACCUGCCAAUUGUGUGGAGAUGCAUUCGGAGACGAUGAUCAACCUAAUGCACACUUCGUGACGCAUAGGGUUGUGCAGACAUAAUAGUAUGACUAGUGCGCAAGUUAACCAAAUCGCCCGCGGCUUUUGCAUACCAACGUGAAAAUGAAGCAGUGCGGGGAAGCAACGCUGAUAUUCUUUCAGAGGAUCCAGGAGCUAACUAAAUGCAUCGUGUGCACAGGCCGGCUUCUUUUGACGUUUAAAGCGGCCUAGUAAAAUGAGCGAUGUGGACGAUGCCAUCUGGUUCCUCCAAAUUAUGAGAAGACGUCGUCGCCAGAAGUAUUUGGGCUGCUUCAAUGUCGAAGUAUACGCCAGAUCCUUGCCAGCGCUUACUGUUAGCAUAACUGCAUUUGUUUUUCAUGAACGCGGCAUUAGCAAACUUAUUUCAAGACAAAUCCUUAUGGGCUGCACGUUUGUUUUAUGUAAGUAGAAGGUUGAAAUGUAUUCACAAUAUUCUUGACUCCUUGUUCUGUCAGUGUUUCUUUGUAGGUGUUUUGACAGCGUAGUAGUGAACAGGCUCUAAUGAACCCUGUGCUUUAUGAUAUUCCAAUGUCGAUAGAAGGGAAGAUCUCUUAUUGGAAAGCAUUUAAAAAAUGAGGUACUGUUUUCUUCACUAAAAACUAAUCCCUGUCAUUAUUUAAGUUCUUUACGCCCUGUUGCCUUCCAGAGACAUGUUUCAUGACUAUAUAUAGACACAUUCUACACAUGAGAAACAUUUCAUUUAAAAUUUGUUGAAUGCAUUCACUGUUUUCGUUCCCUUUGGUUCCUGUAUUCAUACCGAAAAUCUUUGUGGUAUACCAUAAACUAAGCUGAUGACAGUAUUGAGACUGCAUUAGAUCAAAAUAAUUUAGAGCUUCACUAUAUCGUGUGUUCUCCAACUACGAAAAUUUUAGCUGUUUUAUUGUGGCGGCUUAGAGCUUCAAAAGCCAGCCUUUUAUCCACUUGAAAGCCAUCUGUCAAGACUCGCACUGUUCUCUAAUUACAGCUGCAGAAUCUUUUUAGCCUGAUCUGACAAACGCAUCUGUGCGAGCUAUGAUAGUAAAUGUGAGAUGCAGUUUUUAGGUAUAUUGACACGCAUACUUGUAUAUAUUCUUCGUGUGAAUGCGUUUCGCAGGUAACAAAGGUUGUUACCACUCAGUGCAUGACGCGACUACAUUAUCACAAGAUUCUCGAUGUUUUUCGUCGAUUAUACACUUUUUCUAUGUUGUAGUCUAACCUUCGGUAAUCAAAUUGCACGCGCAACGCGUAUACAGUUCCGCAUUUUGAAAGGCAUGCAAGCACCAACAAUUACGCUGGAAUCUUUGAUGAAUCACGUGCGAAUAUGCGACGCUCGUUAGCUGUAAAUCAAUUCUUGGAUGAUCGACGCAUGUGCUUGGAACUAUCUUUCUGUCCUAGUGAACUUGUUUUGUGGGUUCACGUUAGCCUAAUAAAGUGAUAGUUUCCUGUCUCA